AUGGAGCAACAACAGCGACUUCUACAUUUCUGCGAUUCAAAGCAUCCCUUGGUCUACCUUCCAGACAACAGAGGUGGAGCUACUUGUCAUGGGUGCCAAGAAUCAAUUUAUUGUCCUAGCUACGGGUGUCCAAGAGAUGGAUGCCCUUGGUACUAUCAUCAUAAAUCGUGCGCAGAAGUACCUCUUGGGUUGCACCAUCCCUUGCACCCAUUACAUCCUCUUAUUCUUUUUGACGAAAAAACUGGUUAUCUUGAGAAAGAAAACAGCAGAUGCCAAGUUUGUAAUGAAUCUCGUAAGGAAUACACUUAUCGUUGUUAUCGUUGUGACUUCAACCUUCACAUCAAAUGUGUUGUUGCCCAACUUGAAGUUGAAUUCCACAAUCACCCAUUGACUCCCUUUGGCAAGUCAAUCACAUUCACUUGCGACAUUUGCAGCAAAGAAGGCAAGGGUGUGCCCAAUUUGUGUGCCACAUGCUGUUUCUGGAUUCAUAGAAGUUGCGCUUCUUUCCCACGCAGACUCAAGGUUGUAUGUCACAGACACCCCCUCCACCUCACCCAUUCUUCUCUUGAACUCCAUGAUUCCGACCCCCGAUUUUGUCAACUCUGUGUUCAAAAGGUGGACACAUGCUACGGGCUUUACUAUUGCUCCAAAUGCGAUUUCGUUGCCCACCUCAAUUGUGCUAUAAACAAGAGAAACAGGGAGGACAUAAAUUUACUGGAACUUAAAGAUGAGGAGAACGAAGAUGCAAAGCUCGAUCAAUCUGUUGAGUCAGCAGCAACUUACAAAGUCAAAAAUAGCAAAGUGGUUGAGGACGGAACUGAAAUACCCGCAAAAAUUGAACACUUCAGUCAUAAGCAUGACUUAAAGCUCACUGAUGAGGAGGUUUACAAUAACGAAAAAUGCGACGGGUGCAUAAGAGCCAUUUGCCCUCCUUUUUACAGUUGUGCUAAGUGUAGCUUCUUUCUUCAUAAAUCUUGUGCUAAUUUACUAAUGAAAAAGCAACACCCGCUUCAUCAACACCCACUCACCCUCCAAGAGUCGUUUUUUUUUUUGUGUUUUGCCUGUGUCCAGAGAACAAAUGGCUUCGUCUACAGUUUUAAGUCAUGCUGGUUUGAACUUGAUGUUCAAUGCAGUUUGGUCCCAGAAAUCCUUACCCACGAAGGUCAUAAGCACCAACUCAUCCUCUCAUACAUAGACUUUGAACAGAGUUGCAGUAGUUGUGGUGAUAGAAGAUAUCAAGUAUUUCGUUGUAUCGCUUGUGAAUUUGCACUCGACUUUAAAUGUGCAAAACUACCACAAACCACAAGAUACAAACAACAUGAGCAUCCCUUCACUCUCAGUUAUGCAGCUGAAGAUGACUCUGGUGAAUAUUAUUGUGAUAUUUGUGAAGAAGAACGAAACCCAAGCCAUUGA